AUGAGCACUGCCGAAAAAAUAGUUCUUAGCGUACCAGGUGCUGUGAGCGGUACCAUAGACGUAGUUGACUCUGUAAACAACAUGUCAAAAGGAAGCGAUGCAGUAACUAUAAAACAAGUAAUGGAAGGUAUAGGUACUGCUGGGGAAGCUGUAAAGCCUUUCAUACCGUUACUAGGCGCAGUAACGAUAAUCAUCGAUGAGAUUAUCAAAGUAUAUGAAGCAGCACAGUACAACAAAAAAAUAUGUAACGCAUUAAUGGAUCGUGUAGAAGCCGCACAAUUUGCUGUUAAAGCAUUACAACGCCGGCAAAAAGAGAAUGAAAAAAAAUUUCGAAAUCAAGCAUAUUAUGAAUCAUUUAACCGGUUUCUGCAAGUUUUAGAGAAAAUCAAGAAAUUCAUCAAGGAUGUGUCGCAGCUCAAAGGGUAUCGUAAAUUUACACGGGCUAAUUCGGUAAAGGAUAGAUUUAAUGAUCUUAUUACGGAAUUUGAUCAGGUUGUAUCGGAUUUAAAUUUGGCCAUUGCGAUUGCUUCUGACGAUCAACGACGUAUUGAUCAAGUAGCAUUGGAAGAAGACUUAGCAGAAAUGAAACUGUACUUGGCGAAUAUCGAGGGAGGUCUUACAAAUCAGGAUAAAAAAAUUAAUAUAGCGCUAGAAGAAAUCUCCUUAGUGAAAGCAAAAAUUGAAAAAUCAGAACAAGAAAUGAAACCAACACAAAUACCUUCAUCUGAAAUCAAGUUCCCAUUAUUACCACCACAAAAUAGAGACACAGGUUCCGUAGAAAAGAGAAUGUGGAAAGGAUUAGAUGUUGCAAUAAAACCCAUUAAACUUUCUAAAAAUACUGAAAUGAAAGAGGCGGAUAAAACACAUAGUCCAUAUAGUAUUGAAACUGAACUCGCAUUAUUAGGAAGAUUACAAGAAGGACGAAAUAUUAUUAAGUUUUAUGGACUCUCAAGAAUAGAUGAUCAAGAUGUGAAGGUUAUGGAAUGGGCGGAAUAUGGAAAUCUUCGAGGUCUUUAUAUGAAAAAUGAUAUUGAUUGGCCGAGGAAAAUACAAAUUGCAAUUGAUAUUUGUCGUGGACUUACUUUCUUGCAUGCGGUGGAUAUUUUGCAUCAUGAUAUUAGAUGCGAAAAUAUUUUGUUAACCGAUCGUCUCGAAGCAAAAAUUGCCAAUUUUCAUCUUAGCCGCCUUAAAGAGGGCCCAACUAGGGAUAUAAAGAGUAAUAUUAUUGAGAUCGUUCAUUGGCUAGCACCAGAGAAAUUUUCUAAUAAACCGUAUAAACCAUACACGACACAAUGUGAUAUCUUUAGUUAUGGAAUGUUACUCUGGGAAUUGGGUCAUGCGAAAAAACCCUAUGAAAACAUGAAUAUUAAAGAAAUUAAAGAACACGUCGAAAAAGGAGAUCGAGAAACAAUAAACUUUGGCCUUUGCCCAUCGGGAAUUCAGAUUGAAUAUGCGAAAUUGAUUAAAGAAGCUUGGGCAGGAAACCCAUAUAUACGUCCCACCCUCCAAGAUAUAUUCUUGAAAUUAAAUAAAAUAAAUGAGAUUUGGUUAGGAAAAAGCCCUGGGUUGUCUCCACGUAAAGAUUCGGUUGAUAGUUCCUCUUUGGAUUCGAUAUCUCUCCCUUCACAGCAUAACACGCCUAGUAUCGAGGUUAAUCCAGAUGAUCUUCCCGAGUUUAAUUUCAACGAAAUAGAAAUUCCAAUUAAACCAUUAAUACCACUCGAGGAUGGAAUAAAAGCAUAUAAAGAACACGAUUUCAAAACCGCUUGGGAAUGUUUUGAGGGACAUGCCAAAAUAAAAAAUAGCAAAGCAAUAUAUUGGCAAGGAUAUUAUCUAUGGGACGGGUUAGAAGGAAAAAAGGAUUUCAAGGAAGCCGCUCGUCUAUUCAAACAAGCAGCUGACGAUGGUCUCUCCGAAGCACAGCUUCGAUAUGCCUUUUGUAUAAUGAAUAGUGAAGGCGUGAAAUAUAAUCAAGAUGAAUUUUUAAAAUAUUUGCGAUUGGCAGCUGAUAAUGGAAAUCCGGCAGCACAAUAUAAUUUGGGAGAUGUGCUAUUGAACGGAAAACUUAAUGUUAAGAAAGAUGAGGAAGAGGGUGAAAGUUAUAUUAGGUUGGCGGCUAUAAAAGAGCAUCCUAAAGCUCUUAGCGUAUUGGAGGCGCGUGGCGUCAAGUUAUACGGAUAG